AUGAUUGAAAUUAGUAAUUUCUUUAUAUUAUUGCCUGAAGAAGAAGAAGAUUUGUGGAAACAUCCAAAGAAACCCAAUAGUGUAUCUAUUUUUCUCCAGUGUACAGACGCUAACAAGAUAGAGAUAGGGAAGGCCCCACUAACCCCUAAAGUGAGAGCCCCACAAACCCUUAAAGAGAAGAUAUUAGCAUUUCAAUUAUUAAUUCAGGUAAAAUUUGUUACAUAUUGUAGGUGAAAAAUAAAAAUAAAUGA